AUGUUGUUACUAGGAGGAAUAACCCUUCAUUGCUGUCCAGCAUUUCUCACCAUCGCCGCGGUCUCGCGAGAUCUCAUACAAAAAGACUGGAAAUUGGAUGAACCUUCCGAGAGCAAAUCCCACUGGAAUAUGUCCCUGUUUAAAGAAUUUGGAUUUCUCGUUAUCGGAUUCAAUAUUUGUUUAGUAAUGGCCUUGAUACCUACAGUGAAUUUCUUCUUGGUGGAUAUGUCCAAAACAAAAGGUUUUGAACUAAAAACGGGAGCAUUCUUUUUAACUGUAGCUGGGAUGGCCAGCGUAGCCGGCCGAGCCAUCACUGUUGCCGUGACUGUGUUCACGGGAGGGUCGAAGAUAUUACCAACUGGCGUCCUUUACCUAGCAACAGGGACGUUUAUGUCAAUCGUGCCUUUUGCUAAGACAUAUGCUUCUAUGGUAUCUGCGGUUCUAUUAUACAACAUACCGUUUGGUGCUCAGUCUGUUUUAUUCCCGUCUGCUAUAUAUGAAGUGGCGGGAAAUCACCGUUAUACGUCUGCAGUGGGAUAUACUGGUCUGAUAGGCGGGGUAGCGGCGUGGAUCAGCGGACCAAUCGGAGGUGAGGUUUACAGUUUUUUUUAG